GUAGGUGGGGUCGCUGCUCUCCAGUCUGCAGCAGAAAGUCCCAGUGGGAUCAGUGCGGAAACUAAGGUGUGAGGAGUCGGGUUGGACUGCUGUCUGAAAGAAUACUUUUAAGGAUUGUGGACCCUCAACAGCGCAUGGUCUCGACAUGCACCCUGAUAUCCAUCUCUCCCUCCUCUUAACACUGCUGCUUCUUCAAGUCCAGCAGGGCACCUCAGUGCAGGAGCUCCGAACCAACCAUGAGAACAUCGCAAAGAUCGACUCAGCAGGAGAAAUGAUGCAGUGCUCAGCAGCCAUAGAUAUCCUCUUCCUCCUCGAUGGUUCUUACAGCGUGGGGAAGGGCAGCUUUGAGAGGUCGAAACACUACGCAAUCAAGCUCUGUCAAGCACUAGACAUCGCACCAGACAAGGUGCGGGUGGGCUUGAUUCAGUUUGGUUCCUCUCCUCGUCUGGAGAUCGCCCUGGACUCGUACACCAACAAACAAGAGCUGAAGAAGCACUUGAGGAAGAUUUCUUACCGGGGAGGCAGCACCCAGACGGGCCUGGCUCUAAAAUACGCGCUGAAGAAAGGUUUCCCAGGCGGACGCAACUCCUCCACUGCGGCCCGGAUCGCCAUCCUCUUAUCCGAUGGGAGGUCUCAGGGCAACGUGGUGCAGGCGGCCAUGCAGCUCAAAGAGACGGGCGUGGUCUUGUUUGCCGUGGGAAUUCGCUACCCCAGGUGGGAAGAGCUACAUGCUUUGGCCAGUGAGCCGAUAGAGAACCACGUCUUUUUCGCCGAGCAUUUCUCUGAUGCCGUCAACGGCCUGUACACCACACUGGCCACUUUCUCUGUCUGCAAUGCCACACCUGCAGGCUGUCAGGUGGAGUUGUUUCCCUGUGAGAGGAAAACAUUGGAGACAGUGAAAGAGCUGCAGGGAAAUUACAUGUGUUGGAAAGGCUCCAAAGGGUAUUCCCCAUACACGUCUCUCUGUCCAUAUUACAGGUAUACAAAGAUGUACAAGAGACACCAGACAGUCUGCCAUCGGACUAUCUGUGCAGAUCUCUGCGACUCUAAGCCCUGUCUGAAUGGUGCUACAUGUGUAACAGAAGGUGCAGAGGGUUACCACUGCGUAUGUCCGCCUGGUUAUGGAGGAGAUCCACAUUGUGCUCCUGAAUUGUCACUGGACUGCGCCGUAGACUUGCUGUUCCUGAUGGAGGGCUCUGCCACGCUCACCUUGGAAGGCUUUCUCCGCAUCAAGUCCUUCUUAAAGCGCUUCCUGCGAACUGUAAUCGGGUCUGACAGCCCCAGUAAAGUCGGCCUGGCGGUGUUUGGUGGAGAGACCAGAAUCGAGGCCCAUGUGGACAAGUUCAAAGGGGACCUGAAGGGUCUGCUUGAGGCUGUGGAGGCAAUUGAACCAAUUGGCGGCGAGACCUUGACAGGCCAGGCACUUCGCUACGUCACACGUCACGGCUUUGUGAGCGCGCCAGUCUUCGCGGACGUCACGGACGACCUGCCCCGCGUGGUCGUGCUGCUCACUGCCACUCCCGCUGUCGACGAGGUGGUAGAGCCCUCUAAAAACGCACGAGACAGAGAGAUCUUCCUGAUCGGGGUGGGACCAGAAUACUUAAAGGAGCAACUGAAUAAUAUCACAGGAAAUCCCCAGAGGACUAUCACCUACACACCACCCGAGUUCAGCGCCAAGAUCCUGGAGCUCAAGGCCAAGAUCUGCAGUGUGGAUACACAAGGUUGUCUUGGCCAAGCAGUAGACCUGGUGUUUGCCCUGGAUGCCUCCGGUGGUGUGAGCCCUGACAACUUUGUCACCCUGCGCGACUUCGUACGCAGCCUCACCGUCCAGUUCGACAUCAACCGUGACGUGGCUCAAGUGGCACUCGUGGCCUACGGUCGGAGAGCCACCACCGUCUUCAACCUGGACACUUAUGAGACCGGUUCUUCCAUCCUCAAGGCUGUAAACGACGCCAACUACAUGGGCGGAGUGGGUUCGACGGGCGCUGCUUUACUUCACAUCCACUCCGACGUCCUGACGGCGGCCAAAGGCGCCCGGCCCGGGGUCAACAAGGCCGUGGUGCUGGUGACAGACGGCUCAGGCGGGGAUGACGCUGCUGUUCCAGCUCAAAAGAUAAGAGAUAAUGGAGUUUCAGUGUUUGUGAUCGGUGUCGGAGAUGUACAGAGAGAGAGGCUGCUGCAGAUCGCUGGUUCAGAGGAACACAUGAUCACGGUAACGUCUUAUGAGGAUCUCAAGUAUUUUGAGGAUGUGCUGGUGCAGAUGCUGUGUUCAGAGGUUAAAAAGCCGGUAAACCUGUGCAAGCCCAACCCGUGUAUGAAUGAUGGGACCUGCAUCCUGUCCGGAGGGAGCUUCCGCUGUCGGUGCCAAGGCUAUGAAGGACCACACUGUGAAACAAAAAGCAGCAGGCCAUCAUCCAGAGGAGAUCGCCCGAGGCCUGCGGGUCUCAGGAAGAAGAGCAGGCAGAAGAAGAGUCACCAGGAGCUCCUGCAUCACUACAAACUGCACCGCAGGAGACACGCUGCCUGAUACGCACAGAAACAAGCCACCAAUGGACACUUAAGAACCAAGAAUGUGUGCGGGUACACGAUGGAGUAAAGGGAAAACUAAUGUAACCGUUUUAAUAUUUAAACUUGCACUUAAACUUCAACAAGUGCCUACAAACUCUAUGUAUUUGUACUGCAGUGUCUAUUUGUGUCCUAGUUUGUCACUGUUGUGCAAUUGUCUCAAUCUGGUGCUGUUGUCUAUUCAAAGAUGUCAACUUUUAUAUUAUAUUAGUGUAUAUCUGCGUCAUGAUUUGUAUUGUAUUUAAUCACCACAACCGUCUUUUCAAAAAUACUUUAUACCAAAUUCUCAAUUUGUUAUGUUUGAAUAUAAAUUCACUCAACUGAUUGAGGUUUUUUAGAUGACAAAAUGAUGAUUGUUUGCUCUCACUAAUGAACAAAGUUAUUGUAUAAAUAUAUAUGUAUAUAUGUAUUUCAUAAUUAGUUAUAUUAAUGUUGUAUAACACUUACAAAAAAGCCCUAAAAUGGCAUAAUUGAAAUGACUAGUUUGUGAAAUUGUGAGACAAAAUUAAAGUUAAGUCCAAUUUAAACACUUCAAACCUUCACAAACGUUUGCCAGGUGAACAUCCUAUUAUCAGAUGACUCCACUUCAUGAAUGCUUAAUUAUUUCAUUAGUAAGAAGUGACUGAGUUGACUCGCAAAUUUCAAAGUAUUGUUAGCACAGUUAACAUUUGGUGCAUUUGCAACAGACGAGCAACAUUUUCAUAAACACAUUUCAAACCAGCAUU